ACAACACGUUGUAAACACUCUCCUCUCUCCCUUCACAGACAGACAAUUUUCCCGCUGAGCCCAAUUACAUGGGCAGCAGGCAGCAGUUUGUUCAAAGCAGCUCGACAUUCAAGGACCCAGAGCGAGCCAGCCUUAGAGACAGUGGUCAUGGCGAUAGUGAUCAGGCCGAUAGCGACCAGGACACUAAUAAAGGCUCCUGCUGCGACAUGUCGGCCAAGGAGGCUCUGAAGAUGAAGGCUACGGGCGUUAAACCACCUCCUCUGGAACAGGAAGAAGACUGUGUUAACUGCACAGAGGAGUGCAGAAUCCUCGGCCACUCCGAUCGCUGUUGGAUGCCUCAGUGCCCGGCGGGAGGGGCGGGAGGGGGAGGAGCCAACCAGGCAGAGGGCGUGGACUACCGCAACAACCUGUUCGUCCCCGCGGGGACGGAGGUUGCCGUGGAGACCGCGGAAGCCUACGAGACCGUCAACCCCAACGGGAAGAAAACCUUCUGCACCUUCGGGAAGGAGCGUCGGGACCACACCGUUUUAGUGGCUAACGUCAAGCCUUACCUGAAGGCCAAGAGAGCCUUGUCUCCACUUCUCCAGGAGGUCCCCUCAGCCUCCAACUCCCCCACUAAAGGCUGCUCCUCCUCUAACAACUCCCCCUGUGCCUCCUCCACUAAAUCCCCCGCAGACGGAGCCGAGACCAAACCCUCCCCCAGCCACUAUUGCUCUGGCCCCCCCGACGGGCAGUACCACUCCCCCAACAAACAGAGCAGAGACCCAGGACCCCCUCAUCACUACGGCCCACGCGGCCCAGGACUACCCCCGGGACACCCAGCCUACCCUUCUCUUUCCUGCGACCCGGUGGCCAAGGUUCUAGCGGAGGCCCGGUCCCGAAUCAGCCAGGAGGCUGGGGUGGGAACAGAGAUGGACUGUGUUCUGGAAAUGGACGGUGGGAUCCACGGAGGGGGGGAGCUGGGGCGGGACGGGGUCGAUGCAGACCAGGUGGUCAGAGACAUCGACAAACUGCUGCAGGACUGCAGAGGCAGCGAGACAGCCACCGCCACUCUCAGAAGAAAGUGAUACACAGGGUAGAGAGAGAGAGAGAGAGAGAGAGAGAGAGAGAGAGAGAGAGAGAGAGAGAGAGAGAGAGAGAGAGAGAGAGAGGGAUUUGGGCAGUAAGGAUACUCUCAGCCCUAAGACUGCCACCGCCAUCUAAACAACAAACAGAACACUGCUGGCUGUCAACAUGACCUUAUCGUUGACCUCGACUUGGAACUAUGGAAGGACCACGUGUUGGACUUUUCCCUGUCGAUAUCGCCAUAGAAACAUGGAUAUUGGAAUUCAGAAGGACUGAAACAUGGACAGCUGAAUUCAGAAGGACUGAAACAUGGACAGCUGAAUUCAGAAGGACUGAAACAUGGACAGCUGAAUUCAGAAGGACUGAAACGUGGACAGCUGAAUUCAGAAGGACUGAAACAUGGACAGCUGAAUUCAGAAGGACUGAAACAUGGACAGCUGAAUUCAGAAGGACUGAAACAUGGACAGCUGAAUUCAGAAGGACUGAAACAUGGACAGCUGAAUUCAGAAGGACUGAAA